AUGUUCAUCAUGAUCUCGCUUUUCUUUGUCUCCCGCUUGUUACAGUAUUGUGUCAGUCCCACUCUCUGUCUACCCCCCCCUCUGCCAUCUUCCGUCUGUGGUGUAAAGACACAGACCCUCUUCACGGAUUACUUUACUUACCGCGCUCCAGCACCGCUGCCCUUCACCCACCCGGGUGCCCGGGCAAAUCAUCCGUGGCCUCGUAUCCACCUUCUUCAGUUACGCCUCGCCAAGCUAGGAGCGGAUGAUGUCAUCCCGGACGAGUCUGAGGCAUUCGGCACUCUUUCGGUGGCCCCAGUAUGGAGCCCACUGCCAGCCCGAGUAAGAUUAAGGGCUCUGAAUGGCCAUCCCGGUGGAGUCGGGCGGAAUUUCUAG